AUGGGCAGCAACACCAAAGACACAGUCUGGCCGGACCACCCCGUCCCAGACAGCGUCAAGAAACUGAUUGAUCGAUUCUUCAGCUUGCUGGACACCCAGGAUUCUAACGUAGGGAAUAUCCUUGCCGACGAAAUCUUUGCAUCCGAUGGCCGUGGACAACUCGGUGGCCAUGUAUUCGCGGGGACUGAAGAAAUCUGCAAAAGCAGGGACAACGCCUGGGCCACGCUCAACGCACGAAAACAUGUCUUGAGAGUGUACUCAUCCAAGGCAGACGCAAGCGACCUGCUCUUCAUUGCCAUAGUCGCGAUGGAUCUCAAAAACGGUGAACAUGUCGAAGGUAUAGAGUAUAUUAUCCUCAUCUGA